AUGAAAUUAGCUGUUUUAACAGUUACUAUAUUCAUGACUUUAAGUUAUGGUUUAAAUAUCACAUUUAGUCAACGAACCAAUUGUGAUGGUCUUGAAAGUGGGUUUUAUUGUGUUGACUCAACAACAUAUUAUUGGUGUUAUGGACAAUCCAGAUUUAAGCAAGCAACGUGUCCUAAUGGUUUAGAAUGCAAAUGUGGUAAAACAAUUUACAACCCAUGCAUGUGGCCGUUUCAAGGAAACACACCAGAUUGUGAUGGAAAACCAGGAAAGUAUUUCAGUGGUACAACACCAGAAGAACCAUCAGAAAGCUCAACAGUUAAUCCUCCAGAAGAUUCAUCUUCAAUUCCACCAUCACCUGACUCAUCUUCUACUCCUGUAAGUUCAAGUUCACAUACUCCAGAACCAUCAGAGUCAUCUAGUCAACAAAAAUCAGAGUCAUCUACAUCCCAAUCAUCUAACAAUUCAGGAGAUGAUGACUAUAAUCCUGACUGGCCAGAUGUUGAAAAAGGAGUAUAUUCCAUGGCACCAAAUACUCAUCUUCCAUUAGUACUAAAAUUUGACAAAAACAAAUGGAAAGAACAAAUCAAAGAAGUUGUUUCAAAUUCAAAUUAUAACAAUGAAGCAUUAUAUCAACCAGCAACAUCAGACUAUGCCUGUGCUCUUCACCCACCAUCAAAAUAUGAUAAUAAUCCAACACAAAUAUGGAUUGGAAGACCAAGUCAAUCAGUAACAAUUUCAUAUACUCCAGGAGUAGCAAUCCGAUUACCAGACAAAUAUUAUGGAAUGUUUUUGGGAUAUGCCAUGGAUGCUUAUGGAUUAAAUCCAGGAAUGCUUAUUGGACUUGGUGCAAAAGAAUCAUUUAGUUUUGCACGAUAUCAAGCAACUGAUGAUGGAAGUUAUUUCAUUGUUGCCAAUGAAAAUGAACACUAUGACUGCUACUCAUCAUCACAAAGAGGACUUUGUCGUGAUGGAAAUUUAGAUGGUCCAUUCCAAGUUGAAACAGGAGGAAUGUCAACUGAUGUUGCAAUAUUACCAAAUAGAUUCUGGAUUGGUGAAUCAACUACACCAAAGUCUGAAAGAAAGAUUAAAUACAUGUUUGAUAAUGAGGUUUUAACAUAUGCAGGAUUUAGAGCAUAUCAUGAUUAUUUCACAUUAAAUUAUGGAAGGGCAUUUGUAUUAACUUCUUUAGAUUUCCAUUUCAGGCAUAAUUUAGUAAUGAACAUGAAGAAGGUUGGAUUAAGAGACGCAUUGUCUAAACGAACCAAACGAGAACAACGAGACUCUCUUGAAUUUGCUACUGCUAUGUAUACAUACAAUAGAGGUGUUUUUGAUACUCAACUAAUCCAAAUGCUAAAUGGAUGUAAUGCAGAUAUGGAUCCAUGCACGGAUUGUAAAUUAGAUGGAUAUGGAGGACAUACCACUGACAUUAGAAUUGUUUGUAAAGCUGUUGAUUCAGUUCCAAAUAAAGAGGUGUAUGAUUAUAAUUUGAGUAAAGAAGAUGUUGAAUAUUUCAUUAGUACAAUUCAAUCAACAUAUCCAUUUAAUAACGUAGAUUGGAAAACACUUAGAAGUGAUGUUGACACUGCCUAUGAUUAUCUAAAAUCCCAAAGAAAUAGUAAUGCAAUUUCUUUCAGAUAUGAUUGGAGAACAUUACUUGCCGUAAUAAGAAUGCAUCUUCCACCUAUUGAAUAUUUUGUUGGUGACCAAGUCAAAACAUUCCAAGAUUAUUGGGGAGGUGUAUUGAAUGAUGACCUAGGUCCAUACCAAUCAGUUUCUAAUUUCCCAUUUAAAUUCUGUUCUACUUCUGGAGGAAGAUCUAAUUUAUGUUCUUCUAAGUCACACAAACAAGUUCAUUAUUCAAAAUAA